AUGGUGUCUGAAGAAAAAGGACCUGGUAUGACCACUGCUGAGAAACUUCCUAAUGCCAACGUCCCUAUUGCAGGGAAACAGCGCAGUAAGCGGUGGGAAGAGCGUAUGCAGCAACGACAGAAAAUGCAGGCUAUGAAGCUUCGUGAACGCGAAAUGAAACAGGUGAAAGAAGACGAGGCGGAAAGGAAGCGCGAAAUCCGGCGUGAGCGAGAACAAAAGGCGGCUGAGAAGGCGCGCUUGGAAGCAAUGGCUGCUAGGAUGAGUGCCAAAAAGGCUAUGCGUCAUGCUCGUAGGAUGGGUCGAACAAAGAAGGUGGCUCACUGA